UUUUCUCGUCCUGGUCCCUCAUGGCGCUCCCGCUUUGCGGAGCUCGUCGAGCCGCGGCGGCCGCCCAAUUUCCCCCGUGGCUGCCGCCGGCCGUGCGCGGUUGGAUGCCGCGCCGGGCCUCCGGAGCGCCGCCGCCUGACGACCACGUGGUGCGGAUCCCCCACGCCUGGAAGCUCCGGCUGGAGCAGCCCGCGUCCAGGCGGGAGCGAGGCGCGACCCCCGAGGCGGAGGGCGGCGGGCCCUUCGGGGGGAAGCUGCUGCUGCGGACCCGGCGGCGGGAGCUGAUCCAGACCGCCCGGCACACGGUGGGCCGCCUGGAGAGGCCGCGGCUGGUGUCGGACGGCUGGAAGCACCGCUUGUCCCGCGGGGAUUAUUUCCAGCUGGAGCGGACGCGGACGGAGCCCCCUCAGGAGCGGGACGGCGGGGGCGCCGCGACCACCUUCCUCGAGCUGGGGCUGGAGCCUCGCGUGGCGGCCCCCUUGCGCGAGGUCCUGGGCAUCUCGCGGCCCACGGCGGUGCAGAAGCGCACCAUCCCCGCCCUGCUGAAGGGGGGCAACGCGCUCUGCGCGGCGGAAACCGGCAGCGGCAAGACCCUGGCCUACCUGCUGCCUCUCGUCCAGCGGCUGUUGCAGGCCCAGAGGCCCCCUGAGGGGGCGGUGCCCGCAUCCUCUCCCCGCUCCUUGGUGGUGGUGCCCUCCCGAGAACUCGCGGGGCAGGUGCGCAGAGUUGCAGUGGCCUUGGGCGCUCCCUUGGGCUUGCAGGUGAAGGAGAUUGGCGGCGGCCGGGGCGUGGCCGUGGUUCGGCGCCAGAUCCGUGCGGGUCCCGCCGACCUCCUGGUCGCCACUCCGGGUGCCCUGAGCAAAGCCUUGAAGAGGCAGAUAUUGUCCUUGGGGAAAUUGCUCUUCUUGGUGUUGGACGAAGUGGACACUCUGCUGGAUGCCUCAUUCAUCGAUCUGGUGAAAGAUAUCAUUCAGCAGGCUUUCCUGAAAGAUCUGGCUCCGGCCCCAGAGUUGGAAGACUGUGGUGAGGUUUGGGAUCCCAAAGCCCAGCUGGUGGCCAUGGGUGCCACUAUUCCAAAGGGGCUGAAUCAGCUCUUGAGUGAGUCUGCUGAUCUCUCCAACUUCACUAUAUUGACCGGCUCACGUUUGCAUUAUCUGCAGCCUCACGUGGAGCAAAAAUUCAUACGUCUGAAGGGCUGUGACAAGGCCGCAGAGCUGCUACAACUCCUCAAAGAGCGAGGGCCCUCCUCCGGAGCUGUUAUUAUUUUCUGCAACAGAGCCAGCACUGUUAGCUGGCUUGGUUACAUCUUAGAAGACCAUAAGAUCAAGCAUUUACGCCUACAGGGAGAAAUAGCGGCAGUUACAAGAGCUGGCAUUUUUAAUGCCUUCCAGAGAGGCGAUUCUGACAUCUUGCUGUGUACUGAUAUAGCUUCCCGGGGAUUGGAUACCAUUCGCGUAGAGUUCAUAAUUAACUAUGACUUCCCUUUAACAUUACCUGAUUACCUGCAUCGGGUGGGGCGAGUCGGUCGCACCGGCAGUAAAUUCCUUGGGACUGUAAUCAGCUUCGUAACCCAUAGAUGGGAUGUAGAUCUUGUCCGGAAAAUAGAAACAGCAGCUCGGAAAAGAAGUCCGCUCCCAGGGCUUGAUAUAGUUGUUGAGGAUUCUUUGCCUAAAAAGAGGAAUUUCUGAAUUUGCCUGGAGGACCUACAAUUAAUGCAAUGUUUGCAGUGAUUCCUAAUUAGAUUUCUAACUUUUUGUAUAUUUGACUUUGGACCAGCUCAACUCCUGAAUAAAAUUGUGCUAAUA